CCACGUUUAACAAAAGAAGGAAAACAGAAAUGAUAUAAUUGAAAUGUUUGCAUUGCCAACAUUCCGCUAUACCUAAAUAUAACCUUCCCAAGUUCAAUGACUGAUUGACAAUCAUAUUUCCGAACGAAACGAAACGUACUUCGCCUACAUUGCAUCUAAAGACUACAUAAUUCGGUGUUUCACUUAAGUUAUUGUGUUUUUAUUUAUUUGUCCAGCUUUCUCAUUAGUUAUGGGACGUUUUAAACCAGUUAAACAUGUUGCGUUUGUUGAAUAAUCGCAGUAUGGGUGUGGAAUAGCGGUGACUGUUGAUGUGUCGUCUGAUGGGUCGUUCUCAGUGAAUGUUGUUUACUGUGCGGUGAAGGUGCGUCGGCGGCUGCUACAGCGUCGCGGCGGGGCGGCGAGAUGCACGAGCUACUGAAGCAUGUGCUGACGGAGCGGGACCUCACCCGCGCCGGCGAUAUCUUCGCGAUCCCUGACGCCGACAUCGUCGAUGAUCUGAAUGAAGUUUUGAAGCAGAUAACAGAGAUUUCAUCACGGCCAGAUUACUGUCGGAACGACCGAGACCAGGCUCUGAUAGAGAUAUGUGUUACGAGGGUCACGUCAUGUAUAAAGGAGACCAGUACACUGGAAAAGUACUGCGAGGCCCUUGUGGCCCUGCUGGAGUCCUGCUUACACCACAACCUGAUGCCACUCGGCCACCUCCGAGAUGAUGAUCCACCUCAUGCUAAGAUCGCUUCAGACAUCAUAGCAUGCAUUGUUUUGGUAUCAUUUCCCCUGCAAUCGGAGAAGGAGAACUACGGCAACAAGCGCGUGAUGGAGCUGUUCCUGCCGGUGGCGGUGCAGUUCCUACACAAGGGCAACCGUGAGAUCUCCCGCCACAUGGCGCGGUACCUCUCCCUGGCCGCCGGACACCACGCCGUGCUCCUCAAGCCUCAUGUGCAGACCAUCAUGGACUCCAUCAUGUCUGGUAACUAUCCCCUGUGUCGUAUCCUGAACAACCUGUACGAGGUGUCCCCUGAGCCGCUGGAGGGUCACGUCCCAGCGCUGGUGUCGCUGCUGCCGCACGCCGAGCCCGUGGAGAAGAGCUCUCUGUUCGCGCUGCUCGAGCACAUCGCCGCGCGCAAGCCCGACGCCCUGCGGACCUGCCUGCCGCAGCUGCUGUCCUACCUGUGCCCCAACACUGCGCGACAGAACGAUCCCAGCUGCAUGUGUGUGGAUAUACUGCAGGUGGUGUGCAGCGUGAGCCGCAGCCGCGCGGCGCUGGUGCUGGAGCAGGCGGGCGCGGUGCGGCGGGCCGCGCGCGCGCCGCACGCCGCGCCCGCCGCGCUCACGCUCGUCGCGCACGUGCUCACGCAGCUCGGGUACACCUCGCGGGAGCGUGCUCAGGAAGCCUUAAACUUUGUGUUGGAGCGGUUGUCGACAGCGGAACGCGGUCAGCAGGCGGCUUUACUACGGGACGCCACGUCGCUGUGCAGCGCUUACCCAGCACUUUUUACAGACAAACUUCUUACGGCCGUAAGGGCUAACACCAGCAACCGUCCAAAAUCCGGUUCAAGUCAGAGCGAAGUAAACCGUACUUCAACUGGAGUAACCAUUGUCCGCUUGGGUGGUGGUCCGACCCCGGUAGUGCCCACGAGUACUACGACUACAGGAAGUAGCAGUGGGAGCAAUGCAGCUGUAGCGACUGUAGCCAACACAGUGUCUACGGCAGUGGGCGGGGCUUCACAGACUUCGGGUGGGGCUACGCCGGCCGUAGGCGGUUACGCUCGGCGCGCUAAGCUUGGUGACUCCCGUAGCACGGGCCGACUACAUCCUGGUCCAGCGCCGCACCGCAGUAUGACCAGACUCAACGUGGCAGGUGGUUCAGUGGGCGGUCUCCACAAGAGUAUGACGCGACUGUCGUCGUCACAGCAGAUCAACGCGCCUCAGAAUGGGACUACUAAUACAGUAUCAAACAGCAAACCAUCGUCGUCGUCCAGCGGUGUGGUGGGCAAGUCGAGCGGCGCCAUCACGGUGACCAGCAUCUCUCCGCCGCGCGUGUUGCGACCCACGCCAAGGUCACAUCACCAUCAUAAUAUCAUCAUAGGGACACCGGCUACUGGUGGACAGACAAUAAUCUCAGGUCCGGGUCUCCAAGCGCAGUCAAUAUCAGUGAAUCCGCUGACAUCAGGCAAGUCAUCGGACGGGUUACCUCCGCUGUCGUCCGGCGUGUCCAUCCAGCAGGGCGGCGUGUCGGUGGUCACGCCGGCCGCCUGCUCGGGGCCCGUCACGGUCACGUCGCGCCGCGCCAACAACACCAGCGUCACCAUGAUCAACACCAACAACAACAACUCCAACAACACCAGCUCCAACCACCGCAUCAGCGUGUUCGAGCCCUACCCCAUGCGCGACACUGUGCAGCACUUCUGUGAGAAGCACUUGGAUAAGAUUAAAGCCUACAUGGAUAAUGUGUCGUUAAGACUGCCGCCUCCUGCCAAGUGCACAAUAGAAGAGCGUCGCUCCAAGAAGCAGGCCCGGCUGCAGUUCGUGUGCGGGCGGCGGGGCCCGCACUGCCUGUACGCGCGCGCGGCCUUCUCGCUGCGCACGCGGCUGGCGCGCGUGUGGAUCCACCUCAUGUUCCUGGCGCUGCAGGCGCGCCACGCCGCCGCGCUGUCCUCGCGGGACCCCACCGUGGCCUCGCUCAAGCACUGCUGGGACAUCCUCAAGUGCGAAAACAAGACCUUCCUCACGCUCGUCACCGGCGCCUUCCCCGGGAUCAAGGAGCAAGAGAUGCUGUUGAACGAGCUCCGCUCUGCGGGCUUCUUCGACGUGUUCGAGGUGGUCGCUCGCCGCACUGACGGUGCUGCUCUACCUCCUACCCAGGCGACAUGGGGCUGCUUCCUGUGCACGCACCCGGAGCGCGCGCUGGGCUUCCUGGCGGCGGACGGCGCGCCCGUCAUCGAGGGCCAGCUCAAGGAGAAGAAGGGCCGCUGGAGGCUGUUCCGCCGCUGGAGGACCAGGUACUUCACGCUCUCCGGCGCGCAUCUCUCCUGCAAGGGAUCUAGUGGGGGUGAAAGCAUCGACAUAAACCAGAUACGGUCGGUGAAAGUAUCCCGGGGUGCCCGCAACAUCCCCAAGGCCUUCGAGAUCUUCACGGGAGACCAGACUCUCAUCCUCAAGCCCAAGGAUGGGAAGAACGCGGAGGAGUGGGUGCAGUGUCUCAGUAUUGCCGUGGCCCACUCCCAGGCUAGAGACGCCCCGGCCAAGGCGAACAGCCUGCCUGCAAGGGGGCUCACGCUCAAAAGCUUCUAGAUACACGUAAAGUACCAAUUUAUCUUUAACAAAACGCGAUUAAGAAUGUUAUUUUCGCUCUAAGAACAUGCAUGGUCUUGCAAAUUAAAUAGCUAUGUUACUUGGUUCGAAGUCAGGCCGUAACAUUUUCUUAUAUUGUAAGAUUUGUAACUUGUUUACCUUUUUCAAACUGUUAUUAUCCAAUACCGAAUGAUGUAUCUCAUCCUUCAACUGUUUAUUACUCUAUACUGACAGCUUAAGGCCCGAAACAUUUGUUGUACAUGACAUGGUGCUUUCGCUGUUACGAUAUAAUACCGUUCAUGAGAGAGCGAGACAAAUAUAGUGCUCUCAGUAGCCAUUAACGUUUUGACCAAUCUCAUAAGAUUAUUCUUUUUAUGCAACCUUUCAUUUCCUUAGAGGCCAAUAGAUCUAGAAUACUUACUGCUUCUGAAUCUUAUGUAGAAGUGAACAGGUGCUCAUGGAAGAUAUUAAAAUAGAGGGUAUAGUUGAAAAUUAUCAAUAAAUUCUCUCAAAUCCAUACUUGGGAAUAUUCGUCGUCCUAUAAAAACAAGCCAAUUUAUAUGACUGAAAAUAAGACUUGUUGAGAAACUUGCAUUUUGUAAACAUAUGACACUUAUACAUUAUAUUAUAAUUAGUAUAUUUGGAUGUGUAUAUUUGAGGCCGAAACGGCAAUUUGACACGCAUCCAGCAUUAAUUAAGCCGAGGAUAGAACGGCGAAAUAAAAUUGUAACUCAAUGAAAUAUUGCUCGCUAAAUGCUCAAAUUGUCAUCUUAUGACCUAAGUAACAGGUACUUGUACGUUUAUAAUGCCUAUUUAUUAUGUACAUUAAGCGUUGUGUACUCAACCUUAGGUGCAGUCUCGAGUCGGUACAGUCAUGUAGGUCAAUGAAAAUGCUCACAAAGUAUUUAAUAAGUUUUAGAAUAUCAACCGCGUUCCUCUUAUUGGGAAUGUCGAAAGUUUGUUUUAAGACAUUUAAUAUUCGUCCUUAUUUAUAUGAGAUCAUGAACAUUUAUACUUGGUGGUAAUAUAUUAUACAGUGUUGCAAUAAGUUUGUUUAUCUAUCUUAUGUCUCUUGACGUUGAGCAAGUAUUGUUUUAACGCCCAGGCUUUUUAGCCAAAACGUAGGCGAGUUGUUUUCAAUAAGUCGUUUAAUUUAAAUAUAACAACAUUUUAGUGCCUUAUAAAUAAUAAGUGUGUUUGAUUGCGCUAAAAGUACAAUGGACAUUUACAAUUAUGUUUAUAAUAUAUUAUGUUAGUUAUCAGAUCAUGAAGGAAGAAACAAAGUUAUUUAGUCAUGUAGAUACUUCUUUUAGUAAUAGUAGUUAGGCAAGCAGAGUCCGUCCGAUCUGGUUGAAGGAAGGUGACUAAAUAAAUACUAUAUUGUAUUCAAUAAUGAUGUAUUCAAGGCAUGUGCCAAAUUAUAAUAAUGAUAUGUUUAAAAUUGACACUGAAAUAUUGAUUAAUAAAACAGUGUUCUAUAUACAAUUUUGAUUAGUUACUGUUAGAGCUUGUAGGUUAGGUCAGGUUCAGUGUUUUCCAAUUUAAAGUUGCCCGUUGGUAAAGCCUUAAAUUAACAAGAGUUUAACUCGCUUUUUAAUAUUGAGAACAGCAAAUGAGUAAUAAUUAUGUAAAUACUUUUUUUUAUUAUAUUAUAGAAGAUUGUUUGUGGUCAAGUUCCGUUACUACUGGCCCAGUAUAUACAAAAUAGUCGUAAGCUUUUUGACAAAUUUGAGAUUUUAUAAUGAAGCUUGAAGACUGAAAGCUGGUCAAUGGUCAUAGCUACUUAUUGUUGUGUGAGAGACUUAAACAAUACAAAUACAGAUGUUUUGAAUACCCGUACACAAGGCUGAUUUCAGAGACUGCCAUGAAAUAGACAACUUGUAAAAGUGAACUGAUGUGGUUAAAUCUAAUGGCCCCAUUCUGUUGUAAUUUGAAUAUUGCUUCAGGACGUUUAGGUCUAAAUUUAAUAAGGAUAAUUAAGAGAUUAUUAGAAUGGGGCCUAAAUGAAGAGCUAAAGAAACUUAUCUACAAUGCGCAGCAGUUCCGUAACUAAAUGCAUUUAGAAUUCUCGGAAAUUCAGGAUGCGAAUCGAUUAGGUUUAUAUAACGUUUGGUUCAAUGUGAUUCAAAAUUAACAUUCCCGUCCUUGUCAGUGCUUCGAUAUAAUAAUAAAAUUAUUAUGUACUGUUGUGGUCUCAAUAAUCAUUAUAAAUGGUUGUAACGCGAAUGACAUUAGCUUUAGAUUAAUUUAAGUUUUAAAAAGUGUGGGGAAGCAACAAAAAGAUUAAAAUUUAAUUGUCUAUUGCUCACCCUAUGAUUAAUGUUUAUUUUUUAUUCUAAACCAGUACUUAACUUGCCAUUUUGCAUUUUAUGAAAGCACAAUAACAAUUUGGGUUUAUUUAGUAGUUAAGUCUGCUUUUUAUUAACUGUAGUUAACUGUAACUGUUCAAACCUGAGGUUGCUAUCACCAAAAAGUCAAGUGUUCAUUGGUAAACCAAAUUGUUUCUUUGUUAAGUCCUUUGUUUAAUGUUUGUUUUUUAAGUAAGCUUGCUUGUAAAGGGCUCAAUACUGACAAUCAAAUUUUCACUGCUUUAAGUAAGAUUUUUUUUUAUGUAUAUUCGAUAAAGUAUUGCCAGAGUAACAAGACCUAGUGACAUAGAGAUAAUCGUUCUGAACAUAAUACCUUUAAUAUAAACCUUAAAAAAUAUUAUUUCGUUGAGUAUUGAGCCCUCCCUUGUGCUUAAAGGUGCUUCGGAACUAAUUUAUAUGAAAUAAACAAAUAACGUCCAUUAUUAAAGUAGUAAUAUAAGUGUAGAUGUAAAUAUUAUGUACUGUUAUGUAAUUAAAUCAGAUUUUAUUAAAGGAACGCCUGACAUCGCCACCGAUUAAUAAAGAAAUAAUUGUUUGUACUUACAUAAGUGCAAACUACAAAAAGAAGAUUUAUUAAAAUUGAAUCUAUUUAAAUAAUUUAUAUUGGUAUUGUAUCCCAGUUAUUAUAAUACUUUUAAUGAUCAUAUUGUACACAUAACUUUAUUUAUAUAUUAAGCAGGGUUCUAUAGUAAGGCGUAUUUACAGCACGAUCGUAACCUAUUUAUUAUGAACUUUACACGACGUCUUGAAGUGGCAUUAUUAUGAUUGUAAAUGCGUAGAAGCGUAAUAUAUGGCGUUGUGAGGCAUCUCUCUUCCACACCUUCAAUGUUACUUUAAGACGUAAUGGUAGGCCCAUCAUUGGCAUAUAGGUUGAGCGGGAGGGAGUGUCAGACUUUUACUGACUAAACCUAUGUUCCUUCGACCUUUGUAUACCGGGCCGCGGUAAUCCUCUCGGGAAAUUCUUCUGGAAUUUUUACAAGGCUGCACAGCGAUUAGUGUGCCACACUUUUUCUGCGAACCUUACUUUAUUUUCGCUGUAUCUACUACAAAACUUUCGUUUCAAAUAUGCAUAACAUUAUAAUGACGUGCAGUAAAUCCGCCUUAGUAUAAGAACAUACAGUUGCCAAAAUAAUAAUAAAAUAGCCUAUAAAACCAGCAACAGAUUGUAUAUACAGAUAUUUAUAUUGAGCGUGUCGACUAGUGCCGGCACUCGGCCGUACUUAUGACUUGGUGCUAUUAAACGUAGUGUAACGAGCGCUUCCAGACGCUGUGACAAGCUAGCUACGAGAUUCAUAUACACGUUUGACUCAUGUACUUAACUGCCUUAUUUAUUAGUUAUUACAAUAGUUGUUUGUA